AUGACGCUCGUGCCCGACGCUCCAGGGGCCGCGCGUCCUCUCUCCUACGUCUGCGAGUCCGCGGGAGCGAGCGUCAGAAUCCAAGGACAGACCGCGGGCUCGCGAGCAUCAGGUCAUCUGAAAGUGCGCGAGCGUCACCGACACCGCGUAAAGGACAACAACCGACUCACCGUGGAGCUGCGUGGCGUGCUGAUCCUCACCGUGCUGCAGUGCUGCUCAGUGGCUCGUGGCGGUUGUGAACCUCGGCUGGUGAACAUCGGAGCCGUCCUGAGUCAUAAACGUUUCGAGCAGGUGUUCAAGGAGGCGGUGAGCCAGGCCAACACUCUGUACGGCAAGGACAAGUUCAAGAUGAACGCCAUCUCCGUCACACACAAGCCCAACGCCAUCCAGAUGGCGCUGUCGGUCUGCGAGGACCUCAUCUCCAACCAGGUGUAUGCGAUCUUAGUCAGUCAUCCUCCUCAGUCCAACGACCAUCUGACUCCGACGCCGGUUUCCUACACAGCCGGUUUCUACAGGAUCCCUGUGGUCGGCCUGACGACCCGCAUGUCCAUCUACUCUGACAAGAGCAUCCACCUGUCCUUCCUGAGGACGGUCCCUCCCUACUCACACCAGGCUCAGGUCUGGUUCGACCUCAUGAGGGAGUUCAGGUGGAACCACAUCAUCCUCAUCGUCAGCGAUGACCACGAAGGACGAGCUGCACAGAAGAGACUGGAGACACUGCUGGAGGAGAGAGAGACCAAGACUAAAAACAGGAACUAUGAAAACCUCGACCAACACAGCUUUGACUUCAGGAGAACACCCAAGGCAGAGAAGGUGCUGCUGUUCAGCCAGGACACCAACCUGACAUCUCUACUGCUGGAGGCCAGAGACCUGGAGGCUCGAGUCAUCAUCCUCUCUGCCAGUGAGGACGAGGCGGCUGCCGUCUAUAAAGCAGCUCGUCAGCUCAACAUGACCGGCUCUGGUUACGUCUGGAUGGUGGGAGAGAGAGAGAUGACUGGCAAAGCUCUGAGUGAAGCUCCAGACGGCCUGCUGGGCCUCCAGCUCAUUAAUGGUAAGAACGAGUCGGCUCACAUCGCGGACGCCGUGUCGGUUGUGGCUCAAUCUCUGCAAGAGCUGUUUGAGAAGGAGAACAUCACGGAGCCGCCGCGGGGCUGCGUGGGAAACACCAACAUCUGGAGGACCGGGCCGCUCUUCAAACGGGUGCUGAUGUCAUCAAAGUACCCUGACGGUCUGACUGGGCGGAUUGAGUUCAACGACGAUGGCGACCGCCGUUUCGCCACCUACGGCAUUCUGAACUACCAGAAACCAGGCCGCCUGGUCCAGGUCGGAGUCUUCAAUGGAUCCCAGGUUGUGAUGAACCCUCAGAGGAAGAUCAUCUGGCCUGGAGGAGAGACAGAGAAACCAGUCGGGUACCAGAUGUCCACUAAACUGAAGAUUGUCACGAUCCAUCAGGAGCCGUUUGUGUACGUGAAGCCGACAAAGAGCGACGGGACGUGCAAGGAGGAGUACACAGUGAACGGGGUCCUGAUCAAGAAGGUGAUCUGCACCGGACCCAACGGGACCAUUGUCAACAACAGUAACAAGAAGGAAUGGAACGGGAUGAUGGGGGAGCUGCUGGGGGGGCUGGCCGACAUGAUCGUCGCCCCCCUCACCAUCAACAAUGAGCGCGCUCAGUAUAUAGAGUUCUCCAAACCCUUUAAAUACCAGGGGCUCACCAUCCUCGUCAAGAAGGAAAUCCCUCGCAGCACUCUGGAUUCAUUCAUGCAGCCGUUCCAGAGCACACUGUGGCUGUUAGUCGGUCUGUCGGUCCAUGUGGUGGCAGUGAUGCUUUACCUAUUAGACCGGUUCAGCCCGUUUGGAAGGUUUAAAGUGAACAGUGAAGAAGAAGAAGAAGACGCCCUCACCCUGUCCUCGGCCAUGUGGUUCUCCUGGGGAGUACUGUUGAAUUCUGGGAUAGGAGAAGGAGCUCCCAGAAGUUUCUCAGCGAGGAUUCUGGGUAUGGUGUGGGCGGGGUUUGCUAUGAUCAUCGUAGCAUCGUACACUGCCAACCUGGCAGCCUUCCUGGUGCUGGACCGGCCUGAGGAGCGCAUCACUGGCAUCAACGACCCCAGGCUGCGUAACCCGUCAGAUAAGUUCAUCUACGCCACAGUGAAGCAGAGCUCGGUGGAUAUCUACUUCAGACGGCAGGUGGAGCUGAGCACCAUGUACAGACACAUGGAGAAACAUAACUACGAGAGCGCUGCUGAGGCCAUCCAGGCCGUCAGAGACAAUCUGCUCCAUGCCUUCAUCUGGGACAGCGCUGUGUUGGAGUUCGAGGCGUCUCAGAAGUGUGACCUGGUGACGACAGGAGAGCUGUUCUUCCGUUCUGGAUUCGGGAUUGGAAUGAGAAAAGACAGUCCAUGGAAACAGAACGUGUCUCUAGCUAUUCUCAGUUCUCAUGAGAACGGCUUCAUGGAGGAUCUAGACAAGACCUGGGUUCGUUACCAGGAGUGUGACUCCAGGAGCAACGCCCCCGCCACGCUCACCUUCGAGAACAUGGCAGGUGUGUUCAUGCUGGUAGCUGGAGGCAUCGUUGCUGGGAUCUUCCUCAUCUUCAUCGAAAUCGCUUACAAACGUCACAAAGAUGCUCGAAGGAAACAGAUGCAGCUCGCCUUCGCUGCUGUGAAUGUGUGGAGGAAGAACCUGCAGCCGUACCCGACUGACAUCACCGGCCAGCUCAACCUAUCAGAUCCCUCCGUCAGCACCGUGGUCUGA